AUGAACAAAGAGAGCUCCUUGGAUAACAACCCCAUGGAGGGCUCCCAGGAUUCAGAGGAGACAUGCGAGAUGUUCAAGGAUGUUCCCAAAUGCGUGUCUGAGGAAGAGUGGACAAAACUGGAAAAUGCAGAUGAAUUAAGCUAUGUGUACAUGAAGAAAAGAUACGACUUUAUGACUGCUCUAGAUCACAGCACUCCCAGAGGCAUGAACAGAGACAGCUCCUUGGAUAACAACCCCAUGGAGGACUCUCAGGAUUCAGAGGAGACAUGCGAGAUGUUCAAGGAUGUUCCCAAAUGCGUGUCUGAGGAAGAGUGGACAAAACUGGAAAAUGCAGAUAAAUUAAGCUAUGUGUACAUGAAGAAAAGAUACGACUUUAUGACUGCUCUAGGUCUCAAGGCCAUCGGCCCAAAUUUCAUGCCUCCGACUAAUCCAACCCCAAACUCGCCUGAGCAUGAUUCAGAUGAACCUCAGAAUCCUGGGAGUCAUGGAUCCAGGAAAGGAAAUACUGAUGCCUGGAUCAGCAGGCUGAGGGAAAGAAAGGAACAUAUUGUGUACGAAGAGAUCAGUGAUCCAGAGGAAGAUGACUGA